CCCCACUCUGAGGUGCGCCCCCGAUCAUUUCCGUGCGCCACCGUCCGCCAUGGGCUCCACCGCGAACCCGCACGUUGUGUUUCUCGCCUUCCCCUUCGGGUCCCACGCCGCCGUGCUCUUCACCGUUGCCCGGGCACUUGCCACCGACGCCGCCCCGCCCGGCACCACGUUCUCCUUCCUCAGCACUGCUCGGUCCAUCGCCUCUCUCCCCACGGCGCAGCCGCCGGCUAACAUCCGGUUCUACGCGGUGGGUGACGGGCUUCCGGAGGGGGCCGAGGCGCCGCCCACGAACAUCGAGGAGCAGAUCGAGAUGUUCAUGGGGGCGGCGCCGGAGAACCUUCGGGUGGGAGUGGAGGCGGCGGUGGUGGGGAGUGGCGGGGCCGUGGUGAGCUGCGUUGUGAGCGAUGCGUUCCUGUGGGUGGCGGCAGAGGUGGCAGCGAAGGCCGGGGUGCUGUGGAUCCCGGUCUGGACCGCCGCUGCCAUGGCCCUCUACGCCCACCUCCACACCGAUUUGCUGCGCCGCGAGAUCGGAGUUGGCCAGGAGGCCAUCCCUGCCCGGGCGGACGACCUCCUCCACUUCAUCCCGGGCCUCUCCGCCGUCCGCGUCCGCGACCUCCCCGAAGGCAUCGUCUCCGGCGACCACGAGGGCCGCUUUUCCCUUCUCCUUCACCGCAUGGCCCAGCAGCUCCCCCGCGCCGCCGCAGUCGCCACCAACACGUUCGACGGCGUCGACCCGCUAAUCGACGCCGAUCUCCCGGCCAAGCUACCCAACCCCCUCUCCAUCGGCCCCCUCCACCUCCUUGCCCCUCGCCCGGCCGUGCCCGACCACUAUCAUUGCCUCUCCUGGCUCGACCGCCACGCGGCCGCCACCGUGGUCUACGUCAGUUUCGGCACCGUCGCCUCCGCCCCGCCCGGUGAACUCGCCGAACUGGCGGACGGCCUGGAGGCGAGCGGGGUCCCGUUCCUCUGGUCUUUGAAGGAGGCAGCGAGGGAGCUCCUGCCGCCAGGGUUCUUGGACCGCACCAAGGAGAGGGGCCUGGUGGUGAGCUGGGCCCCGCAGGUGGAGGUGCUGGGACACGCGGCAGUGGGGGCGUUCGUGACGCACGCCGGGUGGCUAUCGGUGCUCGAGGGGAUCACCAGCGGGGUGGUGAUGGUGUGCAGGCCCUUCUUCGGGGACCACAUGAUGGUGGCGAGGGCCGUGUCGCACGUGUGGCGGGUCGGGAUGGCGUUCGAAGGCGGGGCGGUGACGAAGGAGGGGCUGAUGAACGCUUUGGAGGUCGUGUUGAAGGGGGACGAAGGGAAGAGGAUGAGGAAGAGGGUGGGUGAGCUUAAGGCCGUGGCAGUGCAGGCGUUUGAACCCGGGGGCAGCUCCAAGGAGAAUUUCUACAAGCUUUUGAAGAUCAUAACUACAAAAAUGCUUUAGUAACUCAUCAGUGUUGCUGCUUUGAAUUGGUGUGGUUAAGUCCCGUGGCGUUGCUCCAAUAAUUAUUAAAAGUUAACUUAUGGUGAAAUAUUUUUUUAUUGGAUA